AUGCGAACAGACACCGUUGUGCUGCCCCCUCAUGGCAACCUGGUUAUCCGGUUCGUGGCUGACAACCCCGGUGUAUGGAUCUUCCAUUGUCACAUUGACUGGCAUUUGUCGUCUGGACUCGGUAUGCUCUUCAUCGAGGCUCCUACACAAAUACAAGAACGAGUCAAGAUUCCACAGCAGCAGUAUGAUGCGUGCGAAGCGGCGGCCAUACCGUAUAUCGGCAACGCAGCUGCCAACUCCAAAGACUUUUUCGACUUGUCCGGGCAGAACACACAGGCAGGGUGGAUCCCAGAUGGGUUUACUAGUCGUGGAAUCGUCGCCAUGGUGUUUUCAUGCUUGGCCGCUGCGUUGGGAGUCUCCAGUCUGGUUGUGUAUGGGCUAGCGGAUUUGAAGCACCAUCCAGCUGCUGCAAGCAAGAGAGGUGUGCAUCUUGUUCCUGCUGACUAUACUAUGGACAACAAUACAACGAUAGAGACUCAGGCGAUAAAUAAUGAGAACUAAAUUGAAAAUACUGUAAUUGUUAUACGGAUUCAUUUCUACCGUGUGUAUAGAGCCUCCCUUUUUGAACGAAAUAGUAAACCCUUGCCUAUUUACGCCAAUCAGCGAACGUCGCCGGAGAUCCUAACCCUGUAUAACCAAUCAAACCCCUGCAGAGCCCCUUUUGAAUCAAAAAGACAUCUCUGUUCGUUCUAAAUAGGUAGCGGUUGGAUCUUCAAUUAACAAGUAAUUGCUUAGA